UGUUGUUCUCUUGGAAACAAAUGUCCUUCGUCAAUUUGCUCAACUGGAAAUUGGCAGGUCUCUGGUGGUGGGGAAUAAAAUAUAAUCCGUUUGGUUUUGUUUUGAUCUUCAGUCGUGAACCAUCAUGAAGUGUGCUCUAGCAAUUUGUGCUGUUUUAGUUGCCGUUUUGGCUCUAACAUCCGCUGUGCCCGCAAAAGGGUCCACGAAGGCAUCCCUGAAGAAGCCAUGCCUGAAAACAUGCCCACAGGAGGAUGAGAUCAAACCGAUAUGCGGAGGAAAUGCAGAAAAGAAGAUUUCCUUCGCUAACGAAUGCGUUAUGAGUAACUACAACUGUGAAAAUGGCGCAGAUCUCAAAGUAAUCAGCCAAGGAGAAUGUCCAGGCGGUGGUGGUAUACGCCUCUCAUAAAAAUAUAUUUUUCCAAACCAGACUCUCUGCUUUUCAGUAUGAGAACAGAUAAUGUAUUAAUCAACAAAUGUCGAAAAUAAAAAUAAAAAAUGUU